AUGUCCGUGCUGGACACCUUUGAGGCUUCCGACCUGCCCCUGGAUGCUAUUGCUCUGGCCCUACAGGGAGACCCUGACGAAGUCCGCGUGCUGGUGAAGGAUACGGCCGGCCAGCCGAGAUACUACGGAAUGCUUGCAGGUGCCCUCUCCAAGAUUAGCAUGCCGAUCAUCGUCUUCAGCCUCGUUCGCUGGGCCAGGUAUGUGCUGAAAGACCCGGCCUUCAAAGACUGCUCGCUGCACAUGAGCCUGAACAUGGCGAGGUCGAAGGGAGACAAGGAUGAGGAGUCCACCCUGGGCGAGGAGGAGCGGCUCUUUCGAUACUGGCUCAGCAUGGUCAAGACACGCACGGAUGAGGGCAGCAUGGGCAUCAUCGUGGGCACGCAUCUUGACGAGGUGUGCAGGAUACUGGAGGAGGAAGCAGCAGUGCAGUCCUUUCUGGAGCGGAUGGCCGAGAAGAUCAAGAGCUUCUUGAAGCCGUUGGGAUUACAGAACGUCUUCUUCGCCUGCCAGGAGCGAUCCUUGUGCUUCUUUCCGGUGGACAACAGCAAGUCCCUGAGGAAGCACGGGGUGGACCAGCUGCAGCAGGCCAUCCGGGACAUGGUGCAGGACUCACAGAGCAACGGGCCUCACAAACAGCCGCGGCCCCUCCUCUACGUCAAGCUGCUGGACAUGCUGCGGGCUGACGGACAGCCGCCAUACCUGAAAGUCAAGCAGGUGGCGCAGCUGGCCGCCCAUUUCAACCUGGAGGCCAGCGAAGGGGAGGUGCGCGAGGCGCUAGCCUUCCUCCACGAGCUGGGGGAGGUCCAGUUCUUCGCCGACGCUGCGGGCCUGGCGUCGGAAGGCGUCUUCACCGAUCCGGAGCUCCUCGCGCUGGCCCAGGCCAACAUACUGGACUGCCCACGCGUGCUGGCGAAGAUGACGGAGCAGGCUGAUCUGUUGCACGAGUCGGCCAUCCUCAGCCGCGAGCUGCUGCCAGAGCUUUGGAAGAACAUACUGAAGCUGGAGGCUCCCAAAGCUCAACCCAGGAGCAAGCACGAGCCCACGGACUUCAAGGAGGUGCUUCUGGACUUCCUGAAAGCCGACUGCUUCCUUCUUCCCCUGAGGGAGGGGCAGUUCAUGGUGCCCAGCCUCCUGCAGCGCUGGACCCCGCAACUCGAGGAGGCGCCCGAGGACAUCGCGGACCUGGCGGCCGAGGUGCCCUUGGAGGACGGGGUCGCCAUGGACUUGGGAGGCCUCUCGGUCCCGGACCUCUUUCCCCAAAUCCUCGCGAAGCUCAUGGGCAAACGGGAGAUGGAGGCCUUGCAAGACAGCUGGGACUCUGCCUCGUUGUACCGCAACGCCUUGCAGAUCGAUCUGCCCGCCUGCACGCUUAUCGCCUUGGAAGCUCCGGUGGAGAAGCCCGAAAGGGUGGUGCUGCGCAUUCGCGACUUCGAGGCCACGGAGUGGUUCGACUCCCCUGCGAAGUGCCUGAUGGUCUUGGCAGAGAUUCUGCACGAAGCGGCCGCCUCGGUGGCCAAGACCUUUGCGCGGCACGUCGUGAUCGGCCCCUUGGACAUGGCAGCGGCCCCUGCAGCGGUCUUCGCUGCCGCAGUGGACGCAGCAGCUGCUGGACGAGUCCUCCACGCCUGCGCCGGGCUGGCCUGCGAGAGAGCUCCACCUGUCGUUCCUCUAAUCAUGAUCAGAGUGAACGACUCCCUGGUGAAGCCCGCCUGCCAAGCCCACCGGAAGCCCUACUCACGGAUCCUGAACCCGGAGGGGCUCGGCGUCGAGUGCUUUGUGACCCACGCUUGGUGGAUUUGCAUCUUCGCUAUCAUUCAGUCGGACAACCCGUUGGACUUGAGCGAGCAGCUGGGAAGCGAUCCCGCCCACGCGCCCUUCACGGAGGCCCUGCAGCGAGCCAACAGGUACCUCGUCGUGCGCAACGACGCCGUGGACGUCUUCGCUCGCAUCUGGUGCUGCUGGGAGCUGUACUGCGCUGCCCAAGGUGGGUUUCUGCAGAGCGACCGGUACAUCGUCACUGGACCAAGUAGGUUUCCCAAUCCCGAGAACUGGGACAUCGGGAAGGCGGACGCGACGAACUUAGAGGACAAGCGCCUCAUCAUGCUUGCCGUGGCCAGCAAUCAGGAGAUUUACCACACCAUCAUUGAGAAGGCGGUUCUGAUUCGGAACCACCAUGUCCCAGAGGAGGACAGCGAGAAGUGUGGGAACCCUGCACGAUGGAUGUCAAGAAGCCUGGGCAGCCAAAGCCAUGCGGCUGCGGCACCUGUAUCGCUGUCCCGACAUGCCUCGGCAUGA